AUGAAUGACGUUCGUAGGCCGCCGGAGCCAGAGUCAGGAGCUGCACGAGUUGUGAACCAUGUAGGCUAUAAGGGGCCGGAGCAGCACCCGGUGGCGCUGCACGCGGUUUUGGUCAUGGAGAUGAUGAGAAGUCAUCUUGUCACAUCUGCUGGUGUCAUUGAGGAAAUGGUGAAUGAUGCUGUUGAUUCAGCUCUGGACUCUGAAGACAUAGAAGAGGAAACUGAAGAGGAGAUUGAGAAGGUGCUUACUGCUAUAGCUGGUGAGACAGCUUCCCAGCUUCCAGAUGCAGUUAGGAAGGGAAGGAUAAAGCAACCUGCUUCCAGCCAGAAAGCAGAGCAACAGUCUGAGGCAAUAGCUGAAGGUGUAGAUGAUGAGGGAGAGCUAGAGGAGAUAAGGGCGCGGCUCGAUAAAGUGAGGUCGUAAACGUUCUUUGGUAAUUUUAACCAACACAUCUAAAUUGAGUCGUCUCCAGGAGUGAAUGAGUGAUAUACAGAGAAAUGAACAUAAUAAUGUUUAAUGCCACCCUUAUUAUGUGUUAUAUAGCCCUUGUAUGCUCUAUAAUUGUAUGUAUUAAAAGAUCAAAUCCAAGAUCCUUUGGAUUUCGGAGAUAAUUGAUGAUUUUUAAGUGAAUCAAAGGCUUGUGG